GACAACGUUUGGAGUUAAAAUGUUUUUCUUAUUUUAAAAUAAAUACAACCUACACAAGUACAUUUUGAAAAGUUACCUAUGUAGAUAGUGGUACGUUUUGCUUUAUGAUUAAUGUGAAAGGCAGAUUAUGACGUCAUAAGCUAUUACUAAGUACCUAUUUAUUGGAUGUAAUUAUUACAUUACAGGGUCCUAAAUUGCCGUUACUUUGGGUAGAUAAUUAGUUCAGGUGUCUAUAAAAAGUACUUGAUCAAUGUCGUUUAGUGCACAUUCGUUAGCUUUCUUUGAGAGAAAAAGUGGUUCGUGUAAAUAGUUAUUAAAAAUGAAAUUGAUUGUGGCGCUAGCGUGCCUAGUUGCGUCUGCAGUAGCAGCUCCAAGCUCGCCAAGUUUAGCUGCUCGUCGUGCUUUGCCUGCCUUACAGCAUGAGGAAAUCCAUGAUGACUUUGGACAAUAUGCCCUCCGCUACGUCACCGCUGAAGGCACCGUGGUUUCGGAGCGAGGCCGGCUGGUGCCGACUCCUGAUGGUCGCGCCUAUGUCAUGGUCACGGAUGGUGAGACUUCUUACAUUGGUGAUGAUGGGAAAACCUACGUCACGAAAUACAGCGCAGGCCUAGAUGGAACCCACGUCGAGGGCGCUCAUUUACCAGUGCCUGUUUUAGUUCAAUAAAUUAUAUAGUUUCUUUAUUAAAAGGUAGUUU